AUGGGAAAGACUCGGAGUGUAUCUUCUGACGACUGUGGUUUGGAGGAGCCAAAUUCGCCCUUUGCCAACACGUCUGGGACUGAUCGGAAGCGGAGGCGCGGAGUAAUUGAAAAACGCAGGAGAGAUCGCAUCAAUUGCAGUCUAUACGACCUGAAGCGUCUUGUGCCUGACAUGACUCGCAAACCGGGUUCGUCCAAAUUGGAAAAAGCCGAAAUAUUGCAAGCAACUGUGGAUUUCAUUCAACGGCUGUACAGAGAAGGUCAUGUGCUAGGUUGUGAAGCGCGCGCGAUCGAGCUCAGGCGUACCGGAUUCAAAGAAUGUAUGCUCGAAGUUACACGCCUACUGGCCAACUUUCAAGGAAUUAACGUCCAUUACGAAGAAGUCAGACAGACCAUCCUCACACACCUACAGCAGUAUGAACGCCAGCGGGAUGCUGAUGCGAAGAUCUACUUGGCGAACAUCGCAGCAGUAGCUCAUGCGCUGGAUUCCCAGAGACAAAAGCUGAAUCUCGGUAUUCCACAUCCUGUAACGGCAGCUGCUGCCAACCCUUGGGUUUGUCAACCAUCAGAUCCAUGUGCUCAGGGUUCCUGCGAUUCCAGUCGGGGACAGAGCUAUUCACACCACAACCAUUACGACUGGGAAUCGAGCAGCCAGCAGUACACCGUUGCCGUACCCCAGUAUCCGCAGUCAGCAUUCAUUAAUCAAACCGGUUCUCAGUUAAUGAAUCCAGUUGGCAGACAACACGAAAAUUCCUCUAUAAAACAUAAGCCCCAAUCCUCAUGCCUUCAACACAAUCAGACGGAUGUUGACUUUCAUGCACAGUUCACCAGUCCUUCACAAAUGAACCACACGCCUUUCAACUCUCUAACGAAUCCAGGAGUGAAUGCCAUUCAGGUCCCCAACGUGCUCGGACCGAAUGAGAGUCAGUCCACAUCGUCCCCACCUUUUCAAUCGACUCCGGACGAUACCGAACUGAUGACAAGCCCACACCUGUUCGGGAAAAUGUUGGGUUCCAACGAGGGUCGUACAGAGUGCUCGUCUUUAGAGAACGUUCAAACAGCACCUCAGACGACCUCAAUGUUGGCUCAGCUGCACAACAGACGGGAUCAGCCAUCGACAUCCAUGCUGCCCGAAGUGUCGGGAAACCGGUUGGGCGCUGUCCAUGGAUGUGGGAACCAGACUGGAAAUGCCAGGAAGCUCGAGCCUUUACAGCCUACAGCAAAGCACAGUGAUUCUAGAACCGGUCUAGAAGUCUACCCUACCGCACAGCCGUAUGAGGAAGUUUCGUAUGGAAGCACUCAAGCUUAUCCUAGUUCAAGCAGGGAAAUAGAAGUUUGGAACAAAACGAGGAUCCCGGACACAGAUUCCGGAUAUCUCAACAACUAUUGGCAAUAUUCUUUCCAGGCGCUGUGA